AUGGAACGUUGGGAUUUGCUGGGAUUUCUAAUCAUCACAUUGAACUGCAAUGUAACAAUUGUGGGGAAGAUCUGGCUCAUCUUCAUGAUCAUGCUGAGGAUAGUGAUAAUUAUUUUGGCAGGCUAUCCAAUCUACCAAGACGAACAAGAGAGAUUUGUUUGCAAUACUUUGCAACCAGGAUGCUCCAAUGUAUGCUAUGACAUGUUCUCUCCUGUAUCUCACUUCCGAUUUUGGCUGAUCCAGAACGUAUCUGUUCUCCUACCAUAUGCCCUGUUCAGUGUUUAUGUCUUUCACAAAGGAGCCCUCCAUGCUGCCAUGGGGGCCCGCCAACCAGAUUUUUGUAAAGCAAGGCAUACCCUCCCUGACCAGAGAGUAGUGAAGGGAUCUGGCUGUUCUCAACGAAAUUUCCCUGACUUUUCCACUGCGUAUAUAAUACAACUUCUUCUGAGGAUCCUGACUGAAGCUGCUUUUGGUGGUGCCCAAUACUAUCUCUUCGGAUUCUGGGUUCCAAAGCGAUUCUCCUGCUACCAUUCUCCUUGUACAAGCACGGUAGAUUGCUAUAUCUCCCGGCCCACAGAGAAAUCAAUCAUGAUGCUUUUUAUUUGGGGAGUCAGCGCUCUGUCCUUUCUUCUAAGUUUUAUUGACCUGAUUUGUUGCAUGCAGAGAUGGCUGAGACGGAAGCAUUUGGCUAAACGGAUGAUGAAAAACGUUUGUGUCAGUGAAGAUCAGGGCCCCCCGCACUUUCCUCCUGGUCAAGCCAAACACUGUUUGAGCUCAGAGGUAGGGCGGGAGCCUCCAAAACGGGUGAAAAGGGUUAGUCAAACUAGUGAGAAUGCUGGGUGGCCUGAGUCUCGAGGGGAAGAUGAUAUCCCUCUUCCUUCUAUGUUGUGGCCUAAAGAUAUAGCUUCCAGGUCAAACCUUAAUAGCCCUGGUCGUAAGUCUUGCUCAUCUGGAAGAAUGACUUUUCUGGAUGAAGAUGGCAGCGACGUGAUGUCCAAUGGCAGUGAACAGCAAGGGAUAGCUUCUAAAGAGAGGCAAAGCAGGCCUUUCAAAGAGGUUGGCAGGUCCAAAGACAACCCCCAGCUUGAAGAGUUUGCCUCUGGCCCUCGAAGCAGACUUGGAGGACAUUAUUCAUCCAAUGAGCCGAAACCUUCUACCUCUCCUGUGAGCUGCGGCAGCCCAGGCUACCUACGGGCCAAGAAGUCUGAAUGGGUAUGA